CAGUGCCAUAUAGUAUGCAGCAACCGGAGGAGUCACGUUGGGGGAACAGCAGAAAGCAGCUAUCCGUUUACACUACUUUGCUCUAGCAGCUAUCUUAAUGAUUGCAAGUGCGGCGGACAUCAAGCAGGAGAAUGGGAUGGAAAGCGCCUCGGAAGGACAGGAGGCGCACCGAGAAGUGGCGGGGGGCGCGGCAGCUGGGCUGAGCCCCCCGGCUCCAGCCCCUUUCCCUCUGGAGCCGGGGGACGCCGCGGCUGCCUCCAGGGUAAGCCGGGAGGAAGGGACAGCGGCGGCCGGAGCGGCAGAUCAGGUACAACUCCACUCGGAACUUCUGGGCAGGCACCAGCACACAGCCGCCGCGCAGCCCCCGCUGGCCUUCUCGCCGGACCAUGUCGCCUGCGUGUGCGAGGCGUUGCAGCAGGGGGGCAACCUGGACCGCCUGGCCCGGUUCCUGUGGUCCCUGCCCCAGAGCGACCUGCUACGUGGCAACGAGAGCCUUCUGAAGGCGCGAGCGCUCGUGGCCUUCCACCAGGGCAUCUACCCUGAGUUGUACAGCAUCCUCGAGAGCCACAGCUUCGAGUCGGCCAACCAUCCGCUGCUGCAGCAGCUCUGGUACAAGGCGCGCUACACCGAGGCCGAGCGAGCGCGCGGCCGGCCGCUGGGCGCCGUGGACAAAUACCGGCUGCGCAGGAAAUUCCCCUUGCCCCGCACCAUCUGGGACGGCGAGGAGACGGUGUAUUGUUUCAAGGAGAAGUCGCGCAACGCGCUCAAGGAGCUCUACAAGCAGAAUCGCUACCCCUCGCCCGCCGAAAAGCGGCACCUAGCCAAGAUCACCGGCCUCUCCCUCACCCAGGUCAGCAACUGGUUCAAGAACCGGCGGCAGCGCGACCGGAAUCCCUCCGAGACCCAGUCCAAAAGUGAAUCAGAUGGCAACCCCAGCACUGAAGACGAAUCCAGCAAGGGACACGAGGAUUUGUCUCCUCACCCACUUUCGGGUGCAUCUGACGCCGUCACCAACCUCAGCCUUUCCAGCCACAUGGAGCCCGUAUACAUGCAACAAAUUGGAAAUGCUAAGAUAUCACUAAGCUCCUCUGGAGUUUUGUUGAACGGAAGCUUGGUACCUGCAAGUACUUCACCUGUCUUCCUUAAUGGCAACUCUUUUAUUCAGGGACACAAUGGAGUUAUCCUUAAUGGGCUGAAUGUGGGAAAUACACAGACAGUAUCACUGAACCCACCAAAAAUGUCUUCAAACAUUGUGAGCAAUGGCGUAGCCAUGACAGACAUCCUGGGAUCCACCUCCCAGGAUGUGAAGGAAUUCAAAGUCCUCCAGAGUUCUGCUGUGAACUCAGCCGCCACCAGCUCCUACAGCCCUAGCGCCCCCGUGUCAUUCCCAGGGCUGAUACCCUGCACUGAGGUGAAAAGAGAAGGCGUCCAGACAGUGGCCUCCCAGGAUGGGGGCUCUGUGGUGACUUUUACUACACCCGUGCAAAUUAACCAGUACGGCAUUGUGCAGAUCCCCAAUUCCGGAGCAAACGGCCAGUUCCUUAAUGGGAGCCUUGGAUUCUCUCCGCUGCAGCUGCCUCCUGUCUCGGUAGCAGCUUCACAAGGUAACAUUUCAGUAAAUUCAAGCACUUCAGAUGGAAGCACAUUUACAAGUGAGUCCACCACCGUCCAGCAUGGCAAACUUUUCCUGAGCCCUCUUGCCCCCAGUGCAGUGGUCUACACUGUUCCUAAUUCAGGCCAGACUGUAGGAGCUGUGAAACAGGAAGGGUUAGAAAGAGGCCUGGUUUUUUCCCAGCUGAUGCCUGUCAAUCACAAUGCACAAGUAAACGCAAGCCUGUCCUCUGAGGAUAUCUCUGGGAGUGGCCUCCAUCCCCUGGCCUCUUCGCUGGUUAGUGUGUCCCCGGCUCACAGUUUUUCCCUCUCUCCCCCUACACUACUAAAUCCCGCUGAGCUAAACCCUGACCUUGCUGAGAGCCGGCCAAUGUCUGCACCUGUGGCAAGCAAAUCUACUGUGACCUCUGUCAGCAAUACUAACUAUGCAACCCUUCAGAACUGUUCCCUUAUUUCCAGUCAAGACCUAUUGUCGGUCCCCAUGACUCAGGCUGCCCUGGGGGAAAUUGUUCCUGCCCCUGAAGAGCCCGUGAGUCAUUCCUCGCCAACAGUCCACCAGGAUUUUGUCAGAGAACAUCGCUUGGUCCUGCAGUCAGUAGCUAACAUAAAAGAGAAUUUCUUACAAAAUUCUGAGAACAAAACCACAAACAACUUAAUGAUGUUGGACUCCAAAUCCAAGUAUGUCCUGGAUGGCAUGGUUGAGACUGUCUGUGAAGAGCUGGGGACGGACAAGAAGGAGCUGGCCAAGCUCCAAACCGUCCAGCUGGACGAAGAUAUGCAAGACUUAUAAGCCUGAUUCACUACGUACAUACCCCUUUUCUCCUUCAUCAGCAGCGAUUUUUUUUUCUCCCUGUGAAGCCCUGAAGAUGGGGAACCUUUACUCGUUUAGAGGAAUGCACUCUACUUGUGCGAGCAAAUAUAUUUGGAUCGGUCUGCAUGAAGAUCAUAGUUAAAUUACAGGGGUGGAGCUACAGAAGCCUUUCUGUUCUCGUCAUAUUGGCUUUGGAAUACAUGGCGACAAGGCAGUAGGAGAAGCCUAUCAAACCAUCAUAAAGCAUUUAGUCAGCCAUAUAAGUCUAAGGCUGGAAUGGAACGUGAUAGUCUUCUAACUUUAAAAUGUGUACACCUAACUUAGACACUUCAAUAAGAGCUACAGGCUGUUAGAAGCAAGGCGGUUGUUUUUUGUUUACUUUUCCUCUAUGGGCAUUGAGAUGGUUAAGAAAUAACGGUACUCCGGAUUAUUAUAAGGGUAUAUUUUUCAAAUUAAGUAGCUUAUAUAUGUGUGUAUGUAUGUGUCCAUACACACAUUCAGCAUUUGGGGGAAAGACUUGGUUUUGUCUCUACAUGUUUCCAAGUGUGACUGCUAAUAGUUAUAUGUGGCAGAGAAAGUUCGAAACUCCACUAAACUCUGACACAACUUGGGUAUGAAUGUAAAUAUGCCAGUUCUAUAUGCAGAAUUUGAGCAAGUACAAUGAAUUUUUAUUUAUACCUUGUAUGUCUCUCUUAGUCUUCAGGCGCUAUGAACUGAAAAAAAAAAGUUUUCUUACUGUUUAAUUUAUAUUUAUUGUUUGAGCAGGAAUAGCAGGAACAGCUUUGUUCUCAACCAAGUUUUAUUUUUUGUGAUUUUUAUCCAGAGUCUCUUAAGGUCAAUGUUAGCACUGAAACAGGAACUUUUAACCCCAAUACUGGAAUUUUGGUACUUCUCAUCAUGCCCUUCUUUCUUUAGAAGCUUUGAUUCAUUUAAAUAUGUUUUAUAUAGACUCCUAUGUGCCUUUUUUACCUUGUGGCCUUUUUAUUAGCAGUAAGGUACAGAAGUGUCAGCAAAAGUGUUGAUGGCUCUUCUGCACCGUCAAACAGGGUUAAGUUUACCGCAGAACCCCAUUAUAUGCAGAGGACUUAGGGUUCACUGGAUGUAUUGUGUCAUGUUUGUCAUGCAAAUGGAUAAACAAUUAGCUUUGAUGCUUUUCAUUAGAAUGAAAGUCAAAAAAAAAGGUAUGGAAGACUAUGAAACAUCAAUUCUGCAGGUUAUGGAAACAACAUUUUAAAGGAAACAAAGGAUAGAUAGUUAAAGUGCAUUCAGCACAAUUCUGUCUUGUUGAGGCUGCGUUCUCGGUGUUUUGAACCGGUUGGUACACUAUGACACGUGACUGCUGCCUGUCCUCUUUCAUCACGUCUCCAUUACAAGCAAGUUCUUUGGGUUUCCGUAGGAUAUUCUCUUGUAUGCUUUCAACUGUGUUUAAACGUUUUAGCAGGACUCUGACCCCAAGAUAUAUCAAUUUAAACGCCUUCAUACCUUCAUGUCAUUAGUACGGAGCAUCUCAGAUUUAAGAAAAUGAUCUUCUCAAUGGUGAA